UCUAUUUCUGUGUAUAAAUCUGUGUGCUAUUUUGAGGAAGUUCCAAAAUCAAAUGCAGGCAUGCAAAAGUUGUUUGAUCCUUCAUUCUCGUCGUCACCUUUCUGAAUCUAUGCGCUUUCAUCUUCUCUACUCUCAGGCCCUCAACUAUGUCCCACUGAAGCUAUUCUUCGUUGCAGCAGCUUUCCUCUUCACCUAUUCUUCAACCCUCAAGGUUGGGGAAACCUGUUCGAGCUCCACCAAUAACUGCGAAGCCGGCUCAUAUUGCGGUACCUGCGCUGCCAACGGCAACACCAGGCCUCGCUGCACCCGCAUUCAACCUAUAAAUCCUGUCACUAAAGUUGGAGGCCUGCCUUUUAACAAAUAUUCAUGGCUGACGACUCAUAACUCGUAUGCUCGGAUUGGGCGGAAAUCAGGCGUCGGUUCCGAUCUCUUCGCACCGACUAAUCAAGAGGAUUCCGUUACCGAUCAACUCAGAAAUGGCGUUCGAGGUCUAAUGCUUGACAUGUACGACUUCAACAAUGAUAUCUGGUUGUGUCAUUCGUUUGGGGGGAGGUGUUUAAAUGUGACUGCAUUUCAACCUGCUAUUAAUGUACUGAGAGAAAUUCAAGUUUUUCUUCACAAAAACCCAACAGAAAUUGUCACCAUCUUCAUUGAGGAUUAUGUGGUAACUCCACAAGGCCUGACAAGAGUGUUCAAUGCAUCUGGACUUAAUCACUACUUGUUCCCACUCUCUCAAAUGCCCAAAAAUGGUGAAGAUUGGCCAACAGUUCAUGAUAUGGUAAUGAAGAACCAAAGAUUGGUAGUCUUCUCCUCUCAAUCGUCCAAGGAGGCCUCUGAAAUGGUUGCAUUUGAAUGGAAUUAUGUUGUGGAAAGUCAGUAUGGGAAUAAUGGGAUGAUUGUUGGUUCUUGCCCCAAUCGUGGAGAAUCUUCUCCCAUGAGUGCAUCUUCAAGAUCUCUGAUUUUGAUGAAUCACUUUCCAAGUAAUCCUAAUGCAUCGCAAGUUUGUGUGGAUAACUCUGCUAAUCUUCUCAACUUAAUGAGGACUUGUUAUAUAGCAGCAGGAAAUCGAUGGCCAAAUUUCAUUGCAGUUGAUUUCUAUAGAAGGAGCGAUGGAGGAGGAGCCCCCGAAGCUGUUGAUAAGGCGAAUGGGCACUUAACCUGUGGUUGUGAUAGCGUUGCUUAUUGCAGAGCAAACACAACGUUUGGCAAGUGCGAUGUACCUUUACUUGCACCUCCACCGCCAUCUCAGCUACUGCCUUCAACUCUAGCUCAAGCACCUAUCAACAAUUCUCAUAGUAACAGGCCUCUCAUUUCGAUUAUCUUAGUUGCACUUCUCCUGCUCUGUCUCUGACCUAUUAUACAUACUCUGUGCAAGCUUGAGAGUACAAUUUGUGGGUAUAAAGGUUGAGAAAGCAUCACUAAAACAUGCAAGUUUCCCAUUUGUGCACAUGAAAUGGUUUCGACUACUGUAUAUUGUAACGUAGACAUUUACAUCAAAUUUGACAAUGAGAAUAGAAGCUUCUUUUCCACACUUA